AUGGCUAACCGCGGCUACGACGUUGUCGUAGAUGUAGAUGCUGAGGGUGACCUUGGACAUACCGACCUUCAAGAGGAUUUAGAAUUCCAUAACUCAAAUUUUGACGACAAUUCCCGCAAUCCCAACAAAUCCCACCCGGACUCGACACCUUUUCUUGGUGGCUCCUCUCGACGAGGGACAUCGCCCGGCGGCACCCCUUCCAAACACGCCUUUUGGACAAUAUCAUACUACGCCCAAUAUUUCGAUGUCGAUACUAGCGAAGUCUUUCGCCGCUGCACAGCGACACUGUACCCCCGCUCAAACUUCCUCGACGUUCUAGAUGGCAAUGCCGACCUUUACGGACCCUUCUGGAUUGCAACCACCGUUGUAGUCAUCCUCUUCCUUACCGGAACCAUCUCGCAAUAUCUCGCCCGUGAAAAGAAGGGCCAUUUCGAGUAUGAUUUCCGUCUUUUGUCCGGAGCAGCGGGACUCGUAUAUGGAUACACUGGCGUUAUUCCCAUCGCCUUGUGGGGAGCCCUGCGUUGGUUCGGAAGCACUAGUGCAGACUUGAUCGAAUGCUGGGCUCUAUACGGCUAUGCGAAUCUGAUUUGGAUUGCUGUUGCUUUGGUGAGCUGGAGCCCGCUUACAGCGCUUAACUGGGUGCUUGUGGGCGUCGGGUUCGGAUGGACGGUGUUUUUCUUGCUGCGGAAUUUGUAUCCGGUGCUUAGCACGGCGGAUACGAGGACGAGUAAGAUUCUGUUGAUAUUGGUUAUUGUGUUACAUGCUGGAUUGGCAAUUGCGAUUAAAGUACUUUUUUUCGCCCACGGGAGUCCGGCGAAGAAACACAAGGAUAAGGGCAAGGGCGAUGACAAGGAUGAUAAAAUGGUCUUCUAG